GCCCGCGCAGCUCGGCGUGGCGCAGCAGUCGCCCGCGCAGAUCCGUCCGCGAUUCCUGCACGGGGCUCUCUCUCCACCGGCCCUGGGGGAAAGGAAUCGGGGAGCAGGGAGCAGGGGCGAGGGGGGGGGGAUCGGGGUGAGCAGCCCGGACGGUGCGGCGGCGGCUCUUGCCAGCUGGAGCGCACGAGCGGCGUCGCAGGAGGCGCGCAUGGUGGGGAGAGCGCGGCUCCCCGGAGCCCGGGCGCAGCAGCACAUGGCGGAGCCGAGGGCGCCCCCGAUGCGCCUGAAGGAGUGGCUCGUCGCGCAGGUGGACAGCGGCCGCUACCCGGGGCUGCGCUGGGAGAACGGCGAGAAGACGCUGUUCCGCAUCCCCUGGAAACACGCGGCCAAGCAGGACUACCGCCAGCAGGAAGACGCGGCGCUCUUCAAGGUAUGGGCGCCUUCCCAAGCAUCACUUUACCCCAUUCCCAAAUUCUUGCGGGACCCUGGCCGGCUCCUGCCUCUCCCGCGGGUGCGCCCUCGCCGUCACCCCGAGUUCUUCGCGCAUCGCGCCCCGUUCCAACCUCCCCGACGCGCUCCUGGCAAGCGGGCUCUGCGCCCUGCGAUGCUGGGGAGUUUCUUGGGACGCGGCUCCAGGGGCGCGCCCUUGAACGCCCUUGGGAAUCCCGCGCCAUCCUUAGUUUCGUGGUGACCCGUCUCCCCGCUCUUCCUCGUUGCAGGCCUGGGCCGUCUACAAAGGCAAGUACCACGAAGGGCUGGACAAAGCCGACCCCUCCGUCUGGAAGACCCGCCUGCGCUGCGCCUUGAACAAAAGCGCUGACUUCAAGGAGGUCCCCCAGAGGAGCCAUCUGGACAUCUCGGAGCCCUACAAGGUGUACCAGAUCCUCUCCGAUGCGUCCCAAGAAACAGGUGUGUCUGGCGGCCUGAAGCCCCAGGAGUUGGUGGAGAGGUGGUUCUCUCUUGCUGUGAAAAACAGACCCCCUCCUCAAUCCCCUUAACCCUUGUCACCAGCCCUGGACCAAAUCCUACCAGCCAGAGGGCCAUAGCUGUCAACGUUUCCCUUUUUUAAAGGGAAAUUCCUUUAUUCCGAAUAGGAUUCCUCGCAAGAAAAGGGAAAAGUUGACAGCUAUGCAGAGGGCUAGGGAAGUGUUCCCAGUGGUUCCAUUGCAUUUCAUGAAGGGAAGUCACUUCCACUGGCCGCCCCUGAUUUUAAGCCUCUCCUGAUCUCCUCUCUCUUCGCAAACAGGUCCGUAUACAAAGCAGCUUUGCAGGGAAUCAAACCACUGGUGCAGAAAGCUCAGUGUUGUCUACAUCAGGGUGGUCCAGCGCACAGCCCUGCUGAGCAACAUUUGACGCCUUCCUAACUUCACAGUUCUUGGCUGCUUUCCCAAAGCCCAGCGCCUCGCUCAUCAGCAGCCUUUGGGAAGGCAGCAUGAGGGCUGCAGGGGGGGGUGUCCCUUUUUUGUCCUCCCCCCCACCCCCUGUCCCAUGCAACAAGGCAGUAUGGCCUGUGGAUUCCACGUCAAAGUACUCUUGCGGCCCGCUUGGUAUGAAAAGGUAGACUGCCCUGGUCCACAGUGGAUCUCCAGUGGCUCAGGCAGGGGACUCUCAGUCCUGCCUGGUGAUGCCGGCGAAGAGUGAACCUGCAACCUUCUGCGUGCGACGCGCAUGUUCUGCUCUGGAGCCACAGUCCCUUCCUUUUAGUUUCUCCUGCUUUCAUCAGCUGAUAGAAUCAUAAAAUCAUAGAGAUGGAAGGGUCAUUUCAUCCUAUAAUAAUAAUUUAUUAUUUGUACCCCGCCCAUCUGGCUGGGCUUCCCCAGCCACUCUGGGUGGCUUCCAACAAAGAUUAAAAAUACAUUAAAAUGUCACACAUUAAAAACUUCCUUGAACAGGGCUGCCUUCAGAUGUCUUCUGAAUGUCAGGUAGUUGUUUAUCUCUUUGACAUCUGAUGGGAGGACGUUCCACAGGGCGGGUGCCACCACCGAGAAGGCCCUCUGCCUGGUUCCCUGUGGCUUUGCUUCUCGCAGUGAGGGAACCGCCAGAAGGCCCUCGGCGCUGGACCUCAGCGUCUGGGCAGAAUGAUGGGGGUGGAGACACUCCUUCAUCCAACCCCCUGCAAUGCAGGAAUCUCAACUUGUGGGGCAAGGAGAGGGCUCAGUCAGCAGCUCCCACAAGGUCUGGAUGGGGCCCCUCAUUCCUGUCCCUAAACCUUGCCAUUGUUUUCCGUGCAGGUGGCUUUGAAUUUCCCAUUCCUUUCUCCCAGCAUCUGAAUUUGGUUCUUGGGUCCCAUUCCUUAAAGCCCAAAGAAGCAACCUAACUUUGGUCCCCUCUGUUCUCCCCAGACAAAUUUGGGGGCAUCCAUAGGCGUAGGCAAGGGGUACAACUGCCCCCGAAAUCAGGUAAAUAAAUACAAUUACUUAAUUGCAAGUAGAAAUUGUAGAAAGGUUUUGACAGGUCUUUCUGAGCUCUUGGAGUCAAAAGGAAGUAAUUCAAAGCAACUGUUGUUCAGACAUUUCUGGACCAGAUUCUGCUGGACCAGAGCCGGACAGGAUGGUGAAAGUUGGGUGUCCGGCCCCCCACUAACAUAAAUCCUGGCUGUGCCCAUGGGGGCACGCAGGCUAUCUCACCCCCCAGCUGCCCAGAGGCUGAUCUCUGCAAGAUUCCUCCACCUGGUCAAAAGGCGAUUUUCUGUUCAAGGCAACAUGACCACAAUCUAAACCUCUCCUGAUAUUCUCCAGGUGCAUCUGAGCCAGGACUUUUGGGGAGAAGCGAUGUGCAGAGGAUUCAGGCUUGUGAGGCAAUUCCCCCUUGGACUGCCACACUCCUCCGCUCCUGCCAAACCAUCUGGAGGGCAAAGUAGGGAGCGGAGACCCUUGCCCUCCUAAACCUGCUGUGCCAGUGCCUCUUCACAUAGCUCAAUAAUAGAGGCCCUGGUUAAUUCGCUAGCAAAACCUUCCGGGCUCCGUCCUUUGCAAACGCAUUUUAAAAGGUAGCAGGUGCUGGCGUGGACUUUGCUCUCCAGAGAGCUGCUUCUGCUGCCAGCCAAGAUAACACUGUUAGGCUAGAUCAGGGGUCAACAACAUUUUUGGACCUGGGGCUACGGCGGCUCAUGAAGAAAUGGGACAGAGCACAUUCCUCAAAGGGGAGAUGGUUACUCUAUUUACACUGCAAAAGUGAAUGCUUUGCGCCUCCAGUUGUAAUUCAAGAAAGAAAGUGUGCCUUGGCGAUCAGCCAUUGGGGGGAAAUUGCCCUGGAGAUAGACCCUAAGAACCUAAGCAGUGCUCUGCUGGAUCAGGCCCAUCCAGCAUCCUGUUCUCCCAGUGGGAAACCUACAAGCAGGAUCCGUGCUCAAGAGCCCUCUCCCUAAAUGGCCUCGAUUCAGUAUAUCUGAAGGAGCGUCUCCACCUCCAUCGUUCUGCCCAGACACUGAGGUCCAGCGUUGAGGGCCCUCUGGCGGUUUCCUCACUGCGAGAAGCCAAAUUACAGGGAACCAGGCAGAGGGCCUUCUCGGUGGUGGCACCCGCCCUGUGGAACUCCCUCCCACCAGAUGUCAAAGAGAACAACAACUACCAGACUUUUAGAAGACAUCUGAAGGCAGCCCUGUUUAGGGAAGCUUUUAAUGUUUGACGACUAUUAUAUUUUAAUAUUUUGUUGGAAGCUGCCCAGAGUGGCUGGGGAAGCCCAGCCAGAUGGGCGGGGUAUAAAUAAUAAAUUAUUAUUAUUAUUAUUAUUAUUAUUAUUAUUAUUAUUAUAUAUCCCCUCCUGGAGUUUCCUGCAACUGGGAUUUCCAAGAGAGUUUCCUUAAGAAAGGUUCUGUCCCUCUGUAGCCUCAGCUGAAUAUUGGUAUUGGGUCCCCAUUGGUCAGUCUUUGCCGGAUCUGUCUAUAUCUAUUCAUACAGAUAGAUCAGUGACAUCUGUGUAGGUGGCACAAAAAAAGGAGAGAGACUAGGUCCCUGCCCUGAGGACCUUACAAUCUUAAGUAGUGACACAGCAGAGAGGAAUAGAGGCCUCUUGGCGAUUUGCGCAGGUAUGGCACAAUUUCCACAAUCUGUGCUGUAAUAAUUCCAGAAAUAUCCGGUAGACCAGGCACUGAGAUCUCUUUUAGAGCUACGUCAACGUUUUUUGCCUGAGCGCAGCAGGGUUAUCUGAGCAGCACAGCUAUUAAUGGGGGGAAAGGAAAGUGAAACUGAAUUAAAGCAACUGGUCAGAAUUACCAACUGAUCAAAGAGCAGAUAUAGGUGGCAAUGCUAACAUGAGUAGUGCAUAAGGGGCAGCUGGGACUCAAAUAAAUGUUAUCUGGGAUUAAACAGAUUUUCUCUCUCUGCCUUUCAGAUAAGGAAAAUAGCAAAGAGCCCCUUUUGCAGCCAAGGCAGCCCCCAACGUCGGCACAUCAAGAGACCAGAGAAAAUGGAAAACCAAACAAGGUAAGGGUGUUGCUGGCACAGUCCUGGGGCUUGGACACUGUCAUGCAUAUAAACAUAAAUAAACCCAGCUAAUUUGAUGUCACUCAGGAAUCCAACCGCCUUAGCUUUCAAGCUGCAUGCCGCUGUUGUUGCCAACCCAGACGGAUCAAGUUUUGCAGCAGUAAUGGGUUGCUGUGUUUUGCAAAUGUUUCCCUUUUUCUUUCUAAUUUUCAGGUUUGUUUUUGGUUACUUUUAACAUUGCAGGCUAGGCUUCCCUGAUACUGACGCCGCCCAGCUGUUUUGGCCGGGGCUGAUGAGAGUUGUGGUCCAAAACAGCUGGAGGGCACCAGGUUGGGAAAGCCUCUUGGGAGGCAACGCAGCGCAUCUAAAGUAUUCUGUGUCUCCUUACCUGUCAUCUUGGAAAUCCAUCCCAGUGAUUUCCUUCAUUCCUAUAACCAAUAUAUAGAUGUCUUAAUGUAUAGAAACAACACCUCUAAGCUGUUUGCAAAGUGAAAACUAUAGAAUCAGAAUGUGAAAUAUGAAUACAGUGGUACCUUGGAUUACAUAUGCUUCAGGUUACAUACGCUUCAGGUUACAGACUCCGCUAACCCAGAAAUAGUGCUUCAGGUUAAGAACUUUGCUUCAGGAUGAGAACAGAAAUCGUGCUCCGGCAGUGCGGCAGCAGCAGGAGGCCCCAGUAGCUAAAGUGGCGCUUCAGGUUAAGAACAGUUUCAGGCUAAGUACAGUGGUGCCUCGCAAGACGAAAUUAAUUUGUUCCGCGAGUUUUUUCGUCUAGCGAAUUUUUUGUCUUGCGAAGCACGAAAUCCCAUAGGAAUGCAUUGAAAUUCAAUUAAUGCGUUCCUAUGGUCAAAAAAAGUCCAAACAAAGCCAAAUUUGGUACAACAAGAGUUUAUUAAGUGCUCUUUAAAGUCACACAUACUGUAAAGAGCAUUUCAAAAAUUGAAGGAACAAUAAAUUAAGUUUCUAAACAUGACAGAAAAACAUUUAAAAAUCAACAAAGUCUUCAAAAACCUCAACUGUUUCCCCAGCCACCCACCCACCACACAGAAAUUGCAAACCCCUCCCCAACUGUUGCAAACCCCUCCCCAACUGUUGCAAACCCCUCCCCAACUGUUGCAAACCCCUCCCCAACUGUUCCCCCAGCCACCCACCGCACAGAAAUUCAAACCCAGAAUUUUUUUUUUAAAAAAACAACAUGGCCCAAUGGUCACAGAAAAUCAUAAAAAUGCAGAAAAAACCACACAAGCUCCCAGAUUCUUGCAAACCCCUCCCCAACUGUUCCCCCAGCCAGACACCACACAGAAAUUCAAACCCAGAAAUUUUUUUUUAAAAAAAACAACAACAUGGCCCAAUGGUCACAGAAAAUCAUAAAAUUUUUUAAAAAACCCCACACAAGCUCCCAGAUUCUUGCAAACCCCUCCUCAACUGUUCCCCCAGCCACCCACCACACAGAAAUUCAAACCCAGAAUUUUUUUAAAAAAAAACAGCAGAGUGGUCCAAUGGUCACAAAAAAUCAUAAAAAUGCAGGAAAAAACCACACAAGCUCCCAGAUUCUUGCAAACCCCUCCUCAACUGUUCCCCCAGCUACCCACCACACAGAAAUUCAAACCCAGAAUUUUUUUUUUAAAAAAACAGCAGAGUGGUCCAAUGGUCACAAAAAAUCAUAAAAAUGCAGGAAAAAACCACACAAGCUCCCAGAUUCUUGCAAACCCCUCCUCAACUGUUCCCCCAGCUACCCACCACACAGAAAUUCAAACCCAGAAUUUUUUUUUAAAAAAAACAGCAGAGUGGUCCAAUGGUCACAAAAAAUCAUAAAAAUGCAGAAAAAAACCACACAAGCCUCCAGAUUCUUGCAAACCCCUCCCCAACACCAAGUCCUUGAAUUCCAAACACCCCAAUCCAAAAUCCAAAACCCCCCAAAAAAGUUUUAAAAGUUUAACUUACCAAAUGGCUGCAAAAGAAGUUUUGGAAAAGCUUUAAAAAUCAGCAAAGUCUUCAAAAACCUCAAAAAAGGCUCCUCGAAGUCAAGUCGCAACUGCACCUCUUCAAGCAAUGCACCCUGGAUAUUAACGGUUUUAAGAAAAAGGAAACAAACUUGCAAGGCGUUUUCGUCUUGCGAAGCAAGCCCAUAGGGAAAUUCGUCUUGCGAAGCAGCUCAAAAACCGCAAAACCCUUUCGUCUAGCAAGUUUUUCGUCUUGCGAGGCAUUCGUCUUGCGGGGCACCACUGUACGGACCUCCGGAAUGAAUUAAGUACUUAACCCGAGGUACCACUGUAAAAUCAUAGAAUCAUAGAAUCAUAGAGUUGGAAGAGACCACAAGGGCCAUCAAGUCCAACCCCCUGCCAAGCAGGAAACACCAUCAGAGCACUCCUGACAUAUGGUUGUCAAGCCUCUGCUUAAAGACCUCCAAAGAAGGAGACUCCACCACACUCCUUGGCAGCAAAUUCCACUGUCGAACAGCUCUUACUGUCAGGAAGUUCUUCCUAAUGUUUAGGUGGAAUCUUCUUUCUUGUAGUUUGGAUCCAUUGCUCCGUGUCCGCUUCUCUGGAGCAGCAGAAAACAACCUUUCUCCCUCCUCUAUGUGACAUCCUUUUAUAUAUUUGAACAUGGCUAUCAUAUUACCCCUUAACCUCCUCUUCUCCAGGCUAAACAUGCCCAGCUCCCUUAGCCGUUCCUCAUAAGACAUCAUUUCCAGGCCUUUGACCAUUUUGGUUGCCCUCCUCUGGACACGUUCCAGUUUGUCAGUGUCCUUCUUGAACUGUGGUGCCCAGAACUGGACACAGUACUCCAGGUGAGGUCUGACCAGAGCAGAAUACAGUGGCACUAUUACUUCCCUUGAUCUAGAUGCUAUACUCCUAUUGAUGCAGCCCAGAAUUGCAUUGGCUUUUUAGCUGCUGCGUCACACUGUUGGCUCAUGUCAAGUUUGUGGUCAACCAAGACUCCUAGAUCCUUUUCACAUGUACUGCUCUCAAGCCAGGUGUCCCCAUCUUGUAUUUGUGCCUCUCAUUUUUUUGCCCAAGUGCAAUACUUUACAUUUCUCCCUGUUAAAAUUCAUCUUGUUUGUUUUUGCCCAGUUUUCUAAUCUGUCAAGGUCGUUUUGAAUUGUGAUCCUGUCCUCUGGGGUGUUAGCCACCCCUCCCAGUUUGGUGUCAUCUGCAAAUUUGAUCAGGAUGCCUGAUGAAAAUGCACGCUAUCAAUCAAAACCCAGGCUGCAAAUACUAAAAUACUAUUCAUGUCAGGGUUUGGGCGUUGGCAGUAGGAAUUAUAAUAAUUAUAUCUGCAAUGUGCUGUGGGUUUUUAAAAAAAAAAAAGAAGAAGAAAGGGGAAGAAUGGGUUUAUGAAGCAGAAAUAAUAUAAGAAGAGCCUGCUGGUUCAGGCCAGGGCCUGUCUAGGCCAGCAUUCUGUUCUCACAGGGCCAACCAGACGUCUAUAGAAAGCACACAAGCAGGAUGCAAACAGCAGAGCCCUCUCCCUUCCUGUGGUUUUCAGCAACUGGUACCGUAUUUUUCGCCCUAUAGGACGCACUUUUUCCCCUCCAAAAAUGAAGGGGAAAUGUGUGUGCGUCCUAUGGGGCGAAUGCAGGCUUUCGCUGAAGCCUGGAGAGCGAGAGGGGUCGGUGCGCACCGACCCCUCUCGCUCUCCAGGCUUCGCGCACCUCUCCGCAAGCAGCGGGAGCCCAGCGCUGGGCUCCCGCUGCUUGCGGAGAGUUGCCUGCAUGCUGAGCCUGCGCGCGCUGAGAGCUGCCUGUUUGGGGGCUGGGGUCGGGGGAAGCUCGAGCUUCCCCCGCCCCAGCCCCGCGCCUGGGGGGGAAUAAUUUUUUCCCCUUUAUUUCCCCCCCAAAAAACUGGGUGCGCCUUAUGGGACGGUGCGUCCUAUAGGGUGAAAAAUACGGUACUCAGAAGCAUUGCUGCCUCCAACCCUGGAAUCCUAGACUUGUAGAGUUGGAAGGGGCCUCCCAAAGGCCAUCUAGUCCAACCCCCUGCAAUGCAGGAAUCUCAGCUAAAGCAUCCAUGGCAGACGGCCACCCAACCUCUCCUUAGAAACCUCCAAGGAAGGAGAGUUCACCGCCUCCCGAGGAAGACUGUUCCACUGUCAAACAGCUCUGUGGAGGCAGCGCAUCGCCAUCAUGUGAGAAUGUUAAGGAAGGUAGGAGAGGAUAUGCAGUGGUACCUCUAGUUGCGGACAUGAUCCGUUCCGGGGUGCCGUUUGCACCCCAAAUGUUGCGUUUGCAAAGUAAAGGAAGGAUUGAACUCUGAUUAAUAAGAAUACACACAGAGACUUGAACCAGCAUGACUCUGGGAAGGGUGCGUAUAAUCGUGUCUCUCUGUGCCUGUCCGUCAGAUCUCCGCAGCCCCCGGCCCAGGGCGUUUUAUUCACAAAAGAACUUUUUACAGAGUGUUCGUAAGAACCAAUCAGAUUUCCUCCGAGCAUUUAAACAAACCCACGUGGGGACACGUUAACCUAUAAACACUAGUUAGCAUGCAUAUAUUUUGGGGUAAAUAAGUUGAGAACUACAAAGGGGAGCAUCUGGCAACCCCAGAGGUAAGAAAUAAACAUUAUAAGAAGGAUGGCCAGAAAGACCAGAUCACUAUCACCUUCAUGUGAGAUCUGUUUCCUGGCUCCAAGAUUAACAUCUUAAGAUAAGUAUAUAAGAAAACUACAUCAAAGAAACUUGCCCACUAUCUUUAUGGCCCAGGAUGCCUGCCUGGCGAAGCAACUGCUGUGUAUGUGACUUAUGAAGAGAGAGAAAUGGGCAGCAGAGGCAAAAGGGCAUGAAAAGGACAUGAAUGUAGAAUCUUAUGGGAUUUAAUCAAAAAUUAUCGUCAAUAUAUCAAACCCAGUCAACACAAUGUUUUCAUCGUGGACAUGAUGGCUUGAUGUAUAUUUUAUAAUUCCUCAUGGUAAUCCCAUCUGAUCCCUACACCAAAAAGUUGGCAACUAGAGUGCCUCUUCCACGCAUGUGCACAGCGCGAUCAAGCGUGCACGCGCGAAGCACACAGAUCACUUUUGCACAUGCACGAAGCGCGCAGAUUGCUUUUGCACAUGUGCAAAGCGUGCAGAUCACUUUUGCACAGGAGCAAAGUGCACAGAAUGCUUCUCCGCAUGCGAAACCCGGAAGUAUACACUUCUGGGUUUGCCGCGUUCGCUGAAAAGACGCAACAUGGACCUAACGCAACACAAGGUAGGACUGUAUUGUUUUGAUAUGAUCCUCCCUCACUCACGCUAGAGUGCAAACAGCUGAGCAUGUUCCCUUUGCAACAUAAUUGGAAGCAAGUUGAUGAUUUGUUAGAAUCCUUUAAUUAAGCAAUCCAGUCUGGCUUAUCCAGUCUGGCUUGUUCCUGGUAAAUUUCCCCUUUAUUUCCCUCUCAUAAUAACAUCUUUCUGCAAAGAUGAGCCAUGUGCUGGCUAAGCCAGACGAGGAGGUCCAAGAGAGAAGUCUAAAAAGGGAAGAUGUCUGCGUGGCUAGCACUUUUACAGGGUCUGCUAGGGUCCUGCUCAUCUACCUGGUCACACACAAGGGGAGGAGGCUCCAGAGCAGGUGUGACAGGAAAUCCUCCCUGUCUGGAGCCACAUUCCCCUGUCUGUCCACUCUGGGCAACAGGAAAAUGUUGUACGUAGGACCCUCGUACCUAUGGGACUGCCUCUCCCGGUAUGCCCCGUGGAGGACCUUAAGGUCCAUAAAUAGUAGCACCCUAGAGGUCCCGGGCCCUAAGGAAGUCAGAUUAGCCUCAACCAGAGCCAGGGCCUUUUCAGCAGUGGCCCCGGCCUGGUGGAACACUCUGUCUCAUGAGACCAGGGCCCUGCAGGAUCUGAUUUCUUUCCGCAGGGCCUGUAAGACAGAGUUGUUCCGCCUAGCCUUUGGCUUGGAAUCAACUUGAUCCCCUUCCCCUCUUUCCGUUUUCCUUUCUCCUGUGAUGGAACUCCUGUUUGGAGGCUUCCCUGGCUUUUUUCUGGCCCAUGUAGGACCAGUCUGGAUAGUUGGCCUUGGUGAAGAUUUGACGUUUUCAUCCCCCAAAAAGUUUUUGAUUUGAGUUCCUACUGAAAUGAGGCUGCAUUUUAAUGUUGUAUUUUAAUCUUGUUUUCAAGUUGUAAUUUAAUUAGUUGUUUUUAUACUGGUGUUAGCUGCCCUGAGCCCGGUCUUGGCUGGGGAGGGCGGGGUAUAAAUAAAAUUGAAUAACAAUACUUGACUGCUCUAGCAAUACAUCCCACACAUCAUGACAUCACUGCAAGUGUUAUAGUCCUCUCCUCUAUGGCGAACUUUCCUAAGAACUGGUGACUGCCUUGGGGCCACCCGUAGCCUCUGAUCAGCUGGGCUGGUUCAAGCAUCCAACCCACCAAAUUUCUGCAGUUCCAAAGUCACCAGCCAUGUCAGUGGCAGCUUGCAACUGACCUUGCCUGCAACGUGACUGGCAUCGUGGGCACAUGCUCUCUGUUUGUGGUGCCAGACCCUGGUGCCACCUGGAACAGCAAACACACCCAAGUUCCUGAGCCAGCUUUCCUGGUGUUGCUGGAAGCAGAAAACUCGCUUCUAGCAGUCAGAACAGCCACGCAGCUGCAAAUUGCACACAUACCUCUUGCAUUGCUCAGAUGGGAGCUUUUGAAGCGAGAGAUGUUGCGAUGGAAAAGUUUUCUGCUGAGAUGCACUGAGCCUACCUUUACGGUUUGAAGGUCAGGAUGUGGUAAAUCUGCCAACGCUUAGAAAUUCCCUUCUUUUCCUUCUUCUGAGCAGUUUGAUCUGGCUUCGUGCCUUGGGGCCGCUCUGUCUUCUGGCUGCAAUGCCUGAACUAUUAAUCAGUUAGAGUGAUUAAUUGGAAACAUUUAAUCGACUCAAAGGGUGCUCCUGGUUCAGCACGCUUAAAAGAGGCGUUUUCCCUUUUCUCGCACCCAGGAGGAAAUGCACGCUCCUAGAACGAUUCCUGCUAUGACAAAUCUGUGCAUCUGUCUAAAAACAAGGAACCCAAAACUAGGCUUUUUGCUUCAGGGACACAGUUGGAGGGAAUAACGUUUCUGAAAACCAGUUGCUGGAAACCACAAGAAGGGAGAGAGGGCUCUUGUGCUUGGAUCCUGCUUGCAAGUUUGACAUUGGGGCAUCUGGUUGGCUGCUGUGAGAACAGGGUGCUUGACAAGAUGGGCCAUUGGCCUGAUCCUGCAGGCUCUCCUUAUGUCUUACAUGAUUAUUAUUAUUAUUAUUAUUAUUAUUAUUAUCCUCGGCCAGGGCCUUCUCAGUGAUGGCUCCGACCUGGUGGAAUGCUCUGUCCCAUGAGACCAGGGCCCUGCAGGAUUUAACCUCCUUCCGCAGGGCCCGUAAGACAGAGCUAUUCCACCUGGCUUUCAAUUUGAACUUAGCCUGAUCUUUUAUUCCCCUUCCUUCCCUCCCCCUCCUCUUUUUAUGAAGAUUACCCGCUCUGGGGUCCCACAGCUAAUUCUCCCCUGGUCUCCUCGCUGGCCCAAGUGGGACUAAUUUAGCCAGCUAGUCCUGGUGAUCAUCUAAUGUUUAUUGGAUAGAUUUCCCCCCUAAAUUGAUUUUUGAUUUUAUUGUUAUUUACACUUUAUACCAUAUUUUAUGCUGGUUUUUUGUAGCAUCAAUUAAGUGUUUUAAAUUUGUUGUUAGCUGCCCUGAGCCCGGUUUCCUGAACCGGGAAGGGCAGGGUAUAAAUAAAAAUUUAUUUAUUAUUUAUUUAUUACAAAGUUAGGGGGCACUAUAAGCCCAAAUGCAGCCACACUCCAAGUCUAUUUCCUGUCCUUAGCCCUGGGUGAUGGUGCCUCGUUCAGAAUUCCACCUGCUGUGUUUUCUUUCUUCCCAGGUCAGAACACCUUCAGACUCAGGCCAGGCCAGCAAGGAUGAGCCACUGGUGACUCUACAGAGUGCCCCAGAGACACCCCAGGCCCCCCAGCAGCCAAGCCAUGGAGAGCACCAGGGUAAGGAAGAAGAGCUUCCCUACAUUCCCAACUUUGCAAAUCUUUGGCUCCCUUUUUGAGUUGGCCCUGCUGCUCUGGGUCACUGCUUCCCCUUGGCAAUUGGAUCUAUUUCAUCUGCUACCUGGAAGAAAUCGCUAGGGACCUGAUCCAACACCCUAGCCAGCCUCUGAAGGAAGCCUGUUUGCUGUGCCUCUGAAAGGUUCUGCAAGACGAAAAGUCUGCCACCCAGCCAGAUGGGCCGGGUAUAAAUAAUAAGAUGAUUAUUAUUAUUAUUAAAGUGCCAAUGCCCAUCCCCAAUGCCCUGUUGGCCGUAUCCUUCCAGUGGCCCACGUGGACACUGGAAGUUGCCUUCUCUGAGUCAGAGCAUUGGUCCAUCAGGGGGCCGCGUAAUAAUCAUCCUGCAAUUUUAAGACAUCCAUCUUGCAGAAUAGCAGCAUCUGCCUUUGGGAAUUCCCUGCCUAUUGACACCAGGCAGCCACCUUCCACUUAACUGCUCUUGGUGUCUGAUGAGAACAUUUCUGUUUAGGCAAACCUAUCCAGAUAUAGGGACGCGGGUGGCGCUGUGGGUUAAACCACAGAGCCUAGGACUUGCCGAUCAGAAGGUCGGCGGUUCGAAUCCCCAUGAUGGAGUGAACUCCCGUUGCUCGGUCCCUGCUCCUGCAACCUAGCAGUUCGAAAGCAUGUGGUGCAAGUAGAUAAAUAGGUACCGCUCCAGCGGGAAGGUAAAGGGUGUUCCCGUGCGCUGCUCUGGUUCACCAGAAGCGGCUUAGUCAUGCUGGCCACAUGACCCGGAAGCUGUACGCCGGCUCCCUCGGCCAAUAAAGCGAGAUGAGCGCAACCCCAGAGUCGGUCAUGACUAGACCUACUGGUCAGGGGUCCCUUUACCUUUACCUUUCACCAGAUAUAAAGAAUAUACGUCAGGUUGUUAGCCUAUUGUUAUCCUUCUUGGAUGUUUUAAAUAGUUGUUCUAAACUGGAGUUUCACUGCUUCCUUCUUUUUGUAAGCUGCUUUGAGGUGAGAGAGAGAAUGUGUGUUUUACUACCUAGUGGUAUCUUCUUCUUCUUCUUUGGCGAUCCCUUGUAGCCGAGUAAGAUUGUCUUCCACAAACACAGUUUUAACAGUGAGUCCAUAAGUGACUGUGGAGGCCAAUUCUGGAUCCACACGUCCUUCCACAGUGGGGACAUUGGUUCCCAGGCAGGAGUUGAUCACGGUGUGGAUUUGCCAAGCGUGCCUUCCUCUUAGCACGUUUCUCCCUUGAGUCCUGAGUUCAAGUGUCUUCAAAGCCCAUGACACCUUUGGUAAAGGCUGUUCUCCAACUGGAGCGCUCACAGGCCAGUGUUUCCCAGUUGUCUGUGUUUAUACUACUUUUUUUUUUUUAGAUUUGCCUUGAGACAGUCUUUAAACCUCUUUUGUUGACCACCAGCAUUACGCUUUCCAUUUUUAAGUUCUGAAAUAAAUAAAUAAAUUUUAUUUAUUUCAGAUUUUCUGAAAUAAAUAGACUCAUAGAAUUGUAUGGUUGGAAGGGACCCCUAAAGUCAUCUAUUCCAACCCCCUGCAAUAACACGUUGUCGUCCACACUGUUUGGCAGCUGCUCUCCAGAGCUUCACGCAGGCAGUCUUUCACAGCCCUACCUGGGGAUGUCAGGAAUCGAACCUGUGACCUUCUGCAUGCAAAGCAAACGCUCUUUCCAUGAGCUACGUCCCUUCCUUAAGGAGAUCUGCCAUAUGUGUUGUCUGGGGCUCUUAAGAGUUGCAGUGUGAAGCCUCUGGAGAAUAUGUACCUGGGGAAAGAGAUGGCUUGGUCCAAGCUGCUGUUUCACAUCUCGCAGGGACAAACGAACCAAUUUUAAAGCUCUCCUGUGUUGCGCUUCCUUUUCCAGGGUACCAGGUGAAAGGUUUUUUCUACAGCUGUAACCUGGCACACUUCCACUGCCAUCCGAGCCCCACCGCUGCCGGUCCCAAUCCCCAGUACGCUGACAAUCAAAACAUCAACUCGGGUAAGGAGAGGAAGAAAGGGUCUCUGUUCGAAGACAGCCAAUAGCGGUUAGAGCAUCGGGACUGGGACCUGGGAGAGACCAGGGUUCGAAUCCCCGCUCAGCCACAAAGCUCUUGCUGGGGGUAACCUGGGGCCAGUCACUGCCUCUUUGUGCCUAGCCUACCUCACAAGGUUGUUGUGUGUUGGGGAGGAGGCCCUUGAGCUCCUUGGAGAAAAACGCUGGGAUAGAAAUGCCAUAAAUAAUUUUAAAAACAAUGAGCGCUAGCUCAGAUGCCUUUAAAAGGAGUGGGAGAAGACAAUAAAGGACAACAAAGGCCUCUCCUGGUCUGCCCCGCGGAGGACCUUAAGGUCCACAAAUAACAACACUUUGGAGGUCCCGAGCCUCAAGGAGGUUAGAUUGGUCUCAGCUACGGCCAGGGCCUUUUCAGCACUGGCCCCUAUGUGGUGGAAUGCUUUGUCACAAGCCCCUGCGGGACUUGACAUCUUUCUGCAGGGCCUGCAAGACAGAGCUGUUCCGCCUGGCCUUUGGUUUGGACUCAGUCUGACCCUUAUGUUUCCCUCCCCUUAUGGUCUUGAUUUAUCAGCUACUUUCAAAAUGAGGCUGCAUUUUAAAUUGCAUUUUAACCUGUAUUUUAAAUUGGGUUUCCCCCCUGUCUUUUCCCCCUAUUAUGUUUGAGCCGGGGAGAGCGGGGUUUCCAGAUUUCUCUUCUGGGAAGGGAAAGCCGCCUCCUGCUCUUGUGUUUAUGGAACCAGAGAAUUAAGGAGUUGGAAGGGAUUCCAAGGGUCAUCUAGUCCAACCCUCUGAAAUGCAGGAGUCCUGCUCACAGCUGUCCCUAGGUGGGCUCAAGCCCCAAGCUUAUGGUUAACAGCCAGACCCACUGACCCAUUGCUCCACACCGGGAGCAGAGAAGGGCUGUGUCCGUGGCUGUUAGCCAGUGCAGGGAAAUGAAACCUCCAUGGCCAGGGGCAGUUGGAGGCUUUUAAAAUCUUUUGUUUCCCCCGACACGCUUUUCAAGAGGCAGAAAAUCCCAUUGCAUUGUGCGAAACCCAGAGCUCAAUUCAGUGCAGAAAGCAAGAAGAAAAUGAAAGAGAGCAAAGGUUGGCCACGCUGCUCUGCGCAGGAAUGCCAAAAUCUGUAACUGGGCUAGAACAUGAUGAACCCAGAUUUCACCCUCUGCAGGCCAGAAAUAACAACAACAAUUUAUUUAUGCCCCACCCAUCUGACUGGGUUUCCCCAGCCACUCUGGGCGGCUUCCAACAGAAUAGUAAAAUACAAUAACCUUUUAAACAUUCAAAGCUUCCCUAAACAGGGCUGCCUUCAGAUGUCUUUUAAAAGUCUGGUAGUUGUUGUUCUCUUUGACAUCUGGUGGGAGGGCGUUCCACAGGGCAGGGGCCACUACCGAGAAGGCCCUCUGUCUGGUUCCCUGUAACUUGGCUUCUUGCAGGGAGGGAACCACCAGAAGGCCCUCGGAGCUGGACCUCAGUGUCCGGGCAGAACAAUGGGGGUGGAGACGAUCCUUCAGGUAUACUGGACUGAGGCCGUUUAGGGCUUUAAAGGUCAGCACCAACGCUUUGAAUUGUGUUCAGAAAUGUACUGGGAGCCAAUGUAGGUCUUUCAGGACUGGUGUUACGUGGUCUCAGCGGCCGCUCCCAGUCACCUGUCUACACAAAGCAGGGAGAAGGGGAGAACUUAGGUUGAAGGGCCAGUAAUAAUAAAAAUACAUCUUAUGCCAAGCUACGUUUUAAUUUAUAUAUAUUUUUAACUGUUGCUAUAUCUGUAGUGUCCCUGUUAUACCUAAUUGCAAAUUCAAAUGUGUCCCUAUCGUGUUUUAUGACUUCUUUGAUAUUGUAUGUGGGCUGGAACUGGUCUGUGACCGAAAUAAUAAAUUCAGUCUUAUGCCAAGCCUAGAGAAAGAUGAAAUUAAAAGCAGGCUUUGCACUGAAACGGGUUUCUCUCCCACAUCUAAGGAAGUUGUGAUUAAUUGGCAGGAGCCAUUCCUUUUCCGUUCUGCAAUUCCCCUUUUCAGCUUCCUCUCUUUUAGGACAUGAAUUUAAGGGCCUUUCCAACGCUGCCAUUCUGCGAUUUCUAUUAUCCUUCACCGCCUCCAUUGCAUCAUAGAAUUGUAGCGUUGGAAGGGACCCAAAAGGUCUUCUAGUCCAACCCUCUGCAAUGCAGAAAUAAGACACAGUGACAUUUCCCCCCCCCCCAUUUUUUUUUAUUGGUUUUCCAAAAAUUUUAAACAAACAUACAUCUUAUUUGUACUUAAUCCAAUCUUAGUAACAUUGUUAAGUGGCUUCCUCAAAUCCCCCGGCUGAAUUUCAGUAUAUAUCAUUGUAACAGUUUUCCAAAACCAUUUUUCUCAUAAAAUUAACUUAAUCACUUAACAUCUUUCUUUCUUUUCAUUUUAACUUUAAACAUGUUAUUCUCUAACAAUACAUAUUUAAAUCCUAAGCCUAUCUGGUAUUUGCAAGUUUUUCCCAUUAAGUUAUCUUAACAUAUUUAACUAAAUAGUCUUUGAAUUUCCUCCAUUCCUCCUGGUACUCCUCCUCCUUCUGAUCACGGGCUCUUCCAGUCAGGUCGGCUAGCUCCGAAAAGUCCAUCAUCUUCAUCUGCCAUUCCUCCACUGUUGGGACUUCUUGUGUUUUCCAAUUCUUAGCUGCAGUUGUAGCAUACAAAAACAGUCUAACAUCUUUCUUGGGCAAUUCCAAACCUGUUAUUCCAGGAAGAAAGGCCUCUGGUUUCUUAAUAAAUGUAGAGUUCAACAUUUUCUAAAAUUCAUUAUAAAUCUUCUCCCAGAAGUCUUUCACCUUGGGGCAGGUCCACCACAUAUGAUAAAAAAGACACAGUGACAUUUUAAUUGGAUAGCUUGGUUGGUUGGAGCAUGGUUGCUGAUCAUGCCAAGGUCGCGAGUUCGUUCCCCGUGUGGGACAACUGCGUAGUCCACCAAUGCCAGAGGGCUGGACAUCAUCAUCAUCAUCAUCAUCAUCAUCAUAAUUUAUUAUUUGUACCCCGCCCAUCUGGCUGGGUUUCCCCAGCCACUCUGGGCGGCUUCCACAGAGACCAAAAAUACACUAAAAUGUCACAGAUUAAAAACUUCCCUGAACAGGGCUGCCUUAAGAUGUCUUCUGAAUGUCAGGUAGUUGUUUAUCGCUUUGACAUCUGAUGGGAGGGUGUUCCACAGGGCGGGCGCCACCACCAAGAAGGCCCUCUGCCUGGUUCCCUGUAGCUUUACUUCUCGCAAUGAGGGAACCGCCAGAAGGCCCUCGGCGCUGGACCUCAGCGUCUGGGCAGAACGAUGGGGGUGGAGACGCUCCUUAGAUGACCCUCAGGUUCCCUUACAAAGCCUGCUCUUUGCAAACUGGGCAAGAUUUAACCCUCUGCUUGUCUGCUGUCAGGUGGGGGUUAAAUUCUGCUGUGUUUUCUGGGAGCAGGGACACGCAGCCGGUGCAGAAUUGAACCUCGCUCACCAGCUGUUUCAUGACCCCUUUUGUGAUUAAUCUUGUUUACAUCAGUUGAUGCAUGGUCUUUCUUGAUUCCGGUCUGUGUUCAGUCAUUGUUUAAUGUCACUUUGCCCUGACUCCCUUCUCCCCAAGCUGCACUAAGUUCAGGAGCAGAAUUGCAGGGCUUGGCUUUGUGGAAACUCCCGGUUCAGCUCAAACCAUGUGAUACUCUGACGCAGCUCCUACAGAAUUCAGCCCCUUGUAAGCGGGUUAGGAUUGCACUUUUAAGGUUACCUUGGUCGCUUUUGCUUUAUUUGCAAACACAGUCUUUUGGAAGAAACCUGGCUUCUAAGAGCAGCCACCAGUUUCCCAAAGAACAACAGUUUCAGCCAGUUCCAAACUUUCUCUGCGUUGGUUUUUUGGGGCUUCUCCAAACAACCUUUUCCUUGAGCAGUCGUCCUGAUUUGCUGACAUAACAACAACAACAUUUUUUUUUAUACCCCACCCAUCUGGCUGAGUUUCCCCAGCCACUCUUGGCGGCUCACAGUCGAGUGUUAAAAACAAUACAUCAUUAAAUACAGUGGUACCUCGGGUUACAGACGCUUCAGGUUACAGACUCCGCUAACCCAGAAAUAGUACCUUGGGUUAAGAACUUUGCUUCAGGAUCAGAACAGAAAUCACACGGUGACAGUGCGGUGGCAACAGGAGGCCCCAUUUGUUAAGUGGUACCUCAGGUUAAGAAAAGUUUCAGUUUAAGAACGGACCUCCGGAACGAAUUAAGUUCUUAACCCGAGGUACCACUGAGCAGCAUUACAUAUUAAAAACUUCCCUAAACAGGGCUGCCUUCAGAUGUCUUUUAAAAAUAGGAAAAAACGCAACCUGAAGCGUCUGUAACCCGAGGUAUGACUGUACUGAUUUUACCUCCUCCUGGACUUCCUAGUCAAGGAGGAGUCUAUACAUUUUAGAGAGGGUUUUUCCUUAAUUGGCUCUUUUUAAAACCGGGUUUACGUGAGAUCUAGACGGAUCUCCAGCCAGUAAUCUGGCUGCUGCAUUUUGGCCCAGCUGACGUUUUCAAGUUGUCUUCAAGGGCUGCCCCAUGUAGAGCGCAUUGCAGUAGUCCAGUCUGGAAGUUCCCAGAGCAUGGAGACUUUUAACUGCGUCCAGAUCCUCACCUCUGCCUCCUUUUGCCCCCCAGACUGCUGGCUCCGCGUCCGCCUCUACUACUGCGACACGUUGGUAAAGGAGGUCACCACCAAAACGGCGGAGGGCUGCCGGAUCACCUAUCGCCCAGUUCCGGCGGACAACGUGUGCCUUUAUGGUUCGAGCGGCCUGGAGCAGGUGCUCUUCCCGUCUCUGGAUGCCUUGGCCGGGAGCAGCCAGUGCGGCGGAUUAACCGGGCCCUUGGAGAGGCUUCUUCCCCACCUGCACCGGGGAAUCCUGCUCUGGGUGGCCCCUGAAGGGGUCUUCAUGAAACGGCAGUGCCAGGGCAGGGUGUACUGGAAAGGGCCACUGGCCCCCCACGAAAACCAGCCCAACAAACUGGAGAGGGAGAAAACCUACAAGCUCCUAGACACCCAGCAGUUCCUGCAGCGUGAGUAUUAUUAUCGUUUAUUAAAUUUAUUUUUUCCUUUCUCCUCCUGUGAUGGAGGGAUGCGGGUGGUGCUGUGGGUUAAACCACAGAGCCUCGGACUUGCCAAUCAGAAGGUCGGUGGUUUGAAUCCCCGGGACGGUGAGCUCCCGUUGCUCGGUCCCUGCUCCUGCCCACCUAGCAGUUCGAAAGCACGUCAAGUGCAAGUAGAUAAAGAGGUACCACUCCGGCGGGAAGGUAAACGGCGUUUCCGUGCGCUGCUCUGGUUCGCCAGAAGCGGCUUAGUCAUGCUGGUCACAUGACCCGGAAGCUGUACGCCGGCUCCCUCGGCCGGUAAAGCGAGAUGAGCGCCGCAACCCCAGAUUCGGCCAUGAUUGGACCUAAUGGUCAGGGGUCCCUUUACCUUUACCUGUGAUGGAACUCCUAUUUGGGGACCUCCCUGGCUUUUUUCUGGCCCGUGUAGGACCAGUCUGGAUAGUUGGCCUUGGUGAAGACUUGACGUUUUCAUCCCCCAAAAAGUUUUUGAUUUGAGUUUCCAUUGAAAUGAGGCUGCAUUUUAAUGUUUGAAUGUUGUAUUUUAAUCUUGUUUUUUAACUUGCAUUUUAAUCAAUUUGUUUUUAUAUCGGUUGUUAGCCACCCUGAGCCCAGUCUUGGCUGGGGAGGGCAGGGUAUAAAUAUUAUUAUUAUUAUUAUUAUUAUUAUUAUUAUUAUUAUUAUUAUUUCCCUGCAGGUCUUGGGGUGGUUCGCAAGAGAAAACCACAAUAUAAAAACGCCAAACGCACAAAAUAAAAACAGAAGUAACUCAAUAACUCCCCCUCCCACACACACAUUUUAAAAGGGCAUUGGAUGAUAAUCAGCCCAAGGCCUGGUUAAAGAGGAAUGUUUUUUCCUGGCGCCUAAAGGUGUAUAAUGAAGGAGCCAGGCGAGCCUUCCUGGGGAGAGCAUCUCACAAACGGGGAGCCACCUCAGAGAAGGCCCCGUUCUCGUGUUGCCACCCUCCGGACUGUCAUUGGAAUUCUACUCAAUAUUGAUCCAGAGCAGAUCUCCAAAAACAUAUAGUUAGCAAAGUAAAAACUUAAACAUGUUGCAGGAUUCCCCAAAAAAUAGACCAGAGGCGGUUAAUAUUUCAUCCAGCAGAGCUUUACUGCUACUGAAGAUAAAUAAAACUUUAUUUAUCUUCAGUAGCAAAUGAACAUAAUGGUCACAAUUCCAGUACAUUCAGGACUGGCCCUGUCCAUACAAAAUCCAGUUGCAGCAGACUUAACUUAAAUUUACAAUAACUUAUAAUAAGACUAAAACUUACACAGAACAGCACACCAGAAGGAAAAGAGAUCGAAAGAGAAAGUGAAACCUUCUGGUCUCUUAUAGUUAGCAUGACCUUGGCAGAAGAGAUAACAAAACCAGUUAACGCCAGCUGUAAUCAGCUUCUCUGAAGGAAUGACCCAAACAUCAUGAACCCACCCCUAGUAAGACUUGCCUGUGAGGGAAUCGGGACCUUGGCCUGCAAAUGGCCGGUUCAGAGAGCCUUGGGUCCUGGCAUGCAAAAGACGAACAGGUUAAAUCUGUAAUGAUACACUGGGCAAACUAUUUGGGGCAUUACACUCAGAUGGCAGAUUGGGAAAGGUUAUAGAAAUUGAAUCUGAAACGGCAUGUACACUAAAAGAGAAUUGUAUGAAAGUGAUGUGCCGGUGGUAUUUGACUCCUAGUAAGCUAGCAAAAAUGUAUCAAACAAGUACAAAAACCUACUGGAAAUGUAAGGAAAAAGAAGAGGUCGUGUAAAGUACUGAAGGCUUUUUGGGGAAAUGAUAUAUAUAAUGAACUGGAAAAAAACGUUUAAAAUAACUUUUCUUUAAAAAACCAGAAGCCUUCUUAUUAGGAAUUGUUGGUACCGACAUCCCAAAGGAAAUGAAAAUACUUUUUAUGUAUGCAACAACGACCGCUGUAACCACAUGAAAACAUUAGCAGGAUUUUAACCUCACUUGUAAUGUAACAAGUACCAUGGACAAUAUGGAUAGUUUUAAAAUACAGAUUAUGAUAUAAUAUGCAGUUGAAAAUGUGGACGAUAGGACCCAUGGGCGGCAUAGUUGUCAACUUUUCCCUUUUCUUGCGAGGAAUCCUAUUCGGAAUAAGGGAAUUUCCCUUUAAAAAAAGGGAAACGUUGACAGCUAUGAUGGAGGGGAUGGGGGGAAGUCUCAAGAUUCAGAGAAAUCUCUUUAUAUGGAUAUGUAUUUGGCAUUGUUAUAAAUUUAUAUCUGUAAAAUCAAAUAAAAAUGACUUUCUUUUUUUAAAAUAAAGAGAGAGCCUCGGGUCCUAACUGCGAUCUUUUGUGUGCCAUUCAGAAUUACGGGGCUUCCUGAUCCAUGGACAUGCGCCGCCACAAUAUCAGAUCUGCUUCUGCUUUGGGGAGGAAUACCCUACAGCUCCCGACCAGAAACCCCACAAGCUCAUCAUGGCACAGGUAGGUAUUGGCCAGCAGCCGCAGAGUGGCGAACUCAGGAUUCGGACCAAGGGAGUGGUGGGUGUCAAAUAGGGAUGGGUGAUAUAUUGAUGCAUCGCCCAUAUCGUGAUACUGGUUUCAUAAUUUUUGACCUGGCCAUAUAUUGGCAAAUCAUGGUGUGUGUGUUCGGGUUGGGUGAUAUAUUGUCCAAAACCAGUUUGAAGUCCAUAUUGUGAUACCGGUUUCAUAAUGUGGCAGUAUAUCACAAUCAGGGACGCGGGUGGUGCUGUGGGUUAAACCACAGAGCCUAGGACUUGCCGAUCAGAAGGUCGGCAGUUCGAAUCCCUGCGAUGGGGUGAGCUCCCGUUGCUCGGUCCCUGCUCCUGCCAACCUAGCAGUUCGAAAGCACGUCAAAGUGCAAGUAGAUAAAUAGGUACCGCUCCAGCGGGAAGGUAAACGGCGUUUCCGUGUGCUGCUAUGGUUCGCAAGAAGCAGCUUAGUCCUGCUGGCCACAUGACCCGGAAGCUGUACACUGGCUCCCUCAGCCAAUAAAGCGAGAUGAGCGCCGCAACCCCAGAGUCGGCCACGACUGGACCUAAUGGUCAGGGGUCCCUUUACCUUUUUACCUUUAUAUCACGAAUCAUGAGUUGGGAGGGUGUGCCAAAAUCACAAUGCAGGUAAAACCGUGAAACCGGCCGGUGCCUCUACCUGGCUGCCCCCUUGUUUCAGACUCUGCGAUAAUCGGUACAGUGGUACCUCGGGUUACAGACGCUUCAGGUUACAGACUCCACUAACCCAGAAACAGUACCUCGGGUUAAGAACUUUGCUUCAGGAUGAGAACAGAAAUCAUGCUGCAGUGGCGUGGCGGCAGCGGAGACCCCAUUAGCUAAAGUGGUACCUCAGGUUAAGAACAGUUUCAGGUUAAGAACAGACCUCAAGAACAAAUUAAGUUCUUAACCCGAGGUACCACUGUAUUUCACGAUCUUCAGCUGGUGAUAUAUCGCAGUGUUGAAAACCCGAUAUCGCCCAGUCAAAAACGUCCUGGUCGUGAAACUAGAAGAUGGAUGUCAGGAUGAGGACAGUGGCCUGUCUCACUUCCUGUACCCAAGAUAGCAUUGGUUUGGGGACUGGGGAAAGGAGAUGGAUUGGUGGAAGGGCAGGGACUAAAUAUCUCGAGGUGGUGGCGGGGCAGUGGAAUUUGCCUGACCUCCCAUUCACAGUUUCUCCUCUGCUCACCAGGAGGGGCAGUGAGGCCAGCGUGGUGCAAAUACUCUGAGGGAGCCAAUCCAGCGCUCCCGCUGGUAUGUUUGCCCCAUGGCAACCUCACCACUGCCUCUUCCUCCUCCCUCGCAGUUGGCGGCAGCCCCUUGCCCAAUAAAAAGCAUUAUUCAGAAUAGCAGUUUGCAUGACCAACUAGUAAGACAAUAAAAUUCAGAUCAGUAACAAUUAAUUGCACAUUUAUUCAAAAUGGUAUAGUGGUGAGCAUAGCUUCCUUCCAAAAUCCAAUCAAAACUGUUUAGUUCAAUUCAACAAUAAAUGAUGAACUGCGGUUGCCAUAUCUCAAAAAGUGGGAAUCUGGACCCAGGAAAAUGCUGCCAAGCGCUGCUGCUGGUCUGCCCGCCACCUCCUCUCAUCCCCCUUGCAAAAUGCGACCAAGGCUGGGGGGCAGAAAAAGCAGCUGUGGAAGUGUCUCCCACGAUACCAGUGACCCACUUCCUGUUUGUGGCCAAACAGCCCACUUCCUGCCUAGUUGUGACCUUCCAUUUCUCACCCCCCGCCCCCAGGUUGAACCGGUGUUUGCUCAUGAUCUCUGCCUCCAUGCCCAGCAGCUGGGACCUCGGUUCCUGCAGGACUCUCACACGGGCAUUCCUGACGUUCCCAAGAACAUCAUCCAGAUCCUGAAACAGCUGUGCCCGCCUUGAAUCUGCUGGAAGUGGCAUCCUUGGCUUGGUGGCUGAAGGACAAGGGACUUGCGGGCCUCAGGGUUCAUAGAAUUGGAGAGUUGGGGGGCACACCGAAGGUCAUCUAGCCCAACCCUCUGCGAUGCAGGAAUCCGGCAGAGGAGAAAUCUUGGUGCCUCUCCUGACUGUCCUGGUUUAGUCACCUGGGUGAUCUGCCCCUGCUAUGCUAUUUAGAGUGCCUGACUGGCAUGCACUAAAAAGCUUGUUUGAAUAGAGGGGUUUAUUUUUCACAAGCUCACAUCUGAAAUGCACACAUAACAGGGUUCUAGCUUAGUUUUCACACUGCAACACUUUUGGUUGGA